AUGUCUUCAAGAGUAAGAAGUAACGUUUGGAAUUAUUUUACAAAGUUAUCGUGUGAAAAAUCAAAAUGUGAUUUAUGUGGAAAUUUAAUUUCAAUUAAAGGAGGAUCUUCUACAAAUAUUAGAAGACAUUUAAAAACAAAACAUCCAUUAAUUGAUAUUGAUUCACCGAGGCUAACUACUACUGACAGAAGGUCACGUUCUCGUUCACCUCCUCAGAUGAGCUCUAAAGAUCAAAACAGUGAUCGUUCUACAUCUGAAGUUAUUCAUGUAGCAGGUAAAGUUGCUUCAGAAGUAGCUUCUACUUCAAAAACCUGCCUUACAAAUUAUAAGAAAAGCAUACCUUCUCAGGGACAACAGCAAUAUAGAAUUACGCAUUUUACAAACAGACCUAUGUCUAUUUUAAAAUGCAAAGAAAUAGAUAAACAGUUAAUAAAAUUAUUAGCAAGCGAUUAUUUGGCAUUCAAUAUAGUUGAAAAUACAGAGUUUAAAAAAUUUGUAAAUAUGUUAAAUCCGUCUUAUAAUCUUCCAACAAGAAACACUCUCUCUCAGAAUUUGUUAACACAAACAUAUAACGUUUUACAUGAAAAAGUUACAGAACUUUUACAAGAUGCUGAAGCUGUAUGUAUCACAACUGAUGCUUGGACCUCUAUAACGACAGAAUCAUAUAUUGCAGUGACUGCACAUUUUAUAGAUAGUAAGUGUAUAAUGAGAACCGUGCUAUUAGACUGUUAUAAUUAUAAAGAUAGUCAUACAUCGGACCAUUUAUAUUCAGAAAUUUCAAGAAUUUUAACCGAAUGGUCUGUACAUGAAAAAGUGAGUGCAGUUGUUACAGAUAAUGCAGCGAACAUAACUGCUGCAGUAAGGCUAGGUGGAUGGCGACAUUUACCUUGUUUGACCCAUUCGUUAAACUUAAUUGUUCAAGCAGGUUUAAAGGAAAUUUCACAUGUCCAUGUCAAAAUUAAAGCCAUAGUAGAAUAUUUUAAAAAAAGUUCAAAUGCUACACAUAAAUUAUUAUCUACUGAGGUACAAAUGGGACUCCCCGAAUUAAAAUUAAAACAAGAUAUGCCAAUAAGAUGGAAUUCCACUUUUUAUAUGUUUAAGAGAAUCCUUAAAGUCAAAGAAGCCGUAGUAUCGACGCUUGCAUUAUUAAAUUAUGAUAAAUAUCACAUAAGCCAAGACGAAUGGAAAACUAUACAACUGGCUACAAGAAUUUUAAAAUGUUUUGAAAAAGUGACAGUUGAUAUUAGUGCCGAAAAAAAUGUUACUCUAUCCAAAGUAAUAUAUUACAGCAGGGCAUUGAUGAGGUCCUCUAAAAUGAUACAGGAAGAAACUGAUCAUCCAUCUGAAAUCUACAAUAUGCUGCAAAAGAUGAUUGAACAAAUGACUAGACGGUUUUUAAAAAUCGAAGAAAAUAUUUCAAUAUCAGAAGCAACAGUGCUGGAUCCCAGAUUUAAAAGGCAAGGUUUUUGUGCGUCCCACUAUUUUGAAAAAGCAAAACAAAAUGUAAUUAAUGCAGCCAGUCACCUUAAUAUUAGAUCAGAAGCAGAUGAAAAAAACUAAAGCUAUACUUUGGAUGGAGUAAAGGCCAUAAAAUGGGGAAAAGAGCAUGAGGGUAAUGGAAUUUCUGUAUUCGAGAAAAAUCGAAACACUACUGUUGUUCCCACAGGAAUGUGGCUAGAUAGAUGUGGAUUUCUUGGAGGCAGCCCUGAUGGCUUAUGUGGUAAUAAUUCUAUUGUUGAGUUAGCCUAG